AGGAGCUGUCCACGCAUCGGCGGUGCUGAAGCUGAACAAGAUGGCUGUGUGUUGGGGAGUGGAGAGCUGAGAGAGAAGUGGCGGAAAGAGUCUCAAAUUUAGACAGACACGCCAUUAAAAUACAGAUAGGAUUGCGACGCUGGCGUUAACUCUCGAAGUGUGAAGAUUUUUUAUUUUCGUCAGGCUAACGAGCCCCUGCCAGGACCCGCCUCUGCCAGCGACGGCAGGCUCCUUCAUCUCCAGCCCAACAAUUCAUUCCCAGGCUGUAUAUUGCACAAAUUAGCUCAAUUAGGCUACGGACGCUGGUGAAGAAGCUGGACCCUGUACUAAAGGCGCAUAUAAGAAAUGUCAUUGCUGUGUGUUGGAGUGAAGAAAGCCAAGCUCGAUGGACCCCAAGAGAAAUUUAACACAUACGUGACCCUGAAGGUGCAGAAUGUUAAGAGCACAACCAUCGCUGUGCGUGGCAGUCAGCCAUGCUGGGAGCAGGACUUCAUGUUUGAAAUAAACCGCCUGGAUCUAGGCCUAACAGUGGAGGUGUGGAAUAAAGGGCUGAUCUGGGACACCAUGGUGGGCACCUUAUGGAUCCCCCUGAGCAACAUACGGCAGUCCAAUGAGGAGGGUCCAGGCCAGUGGCUGACCCUGGACUCCAAUGCGAUCAUGGCCGAGAAUGAGAUCUGUGGAACCAAAGACCCAACCUUUCACAGGCUGCUGCUUGACACCCGCUUUGAACUGCCUCUAGACAUUCCUGAGGAAGAGGCCAGAUACUGGGCCAAGAAACUUGAACAACUAAAUGCCAUGAGAGAUCAAGACUAUGCCUAUCAAGAAGAACAGGAGCGACCACUGCAUGCACCAACCACACAGUGCUGUAAUUGGAGUCUGUGGGGGGAUCAGCAAAACGAGGACCCAGACAGCGCCGUGGACGACCGGGACAGCGACUACCGCAGUGAGACCAGUAACAGCAUCCCGCCUCCCUACUACACCACCUCCCAGCCCAACGCUUCCAUGCACCAGUAUCCCAUGAGGACUGAGAACUACAGACACUCAUACAGCGACGAAAUCCAUGAGCUGGACUACGACCACAGAGUCAUGAGACGCUAUGAUAGUUUAGACUCGGCCACCAACGGGCGCAGCGAUAUCGACUCAGGCUCAGGGUCGAGCCGCCGCACCAGUCGCCAGUAUUCUCUAGACAGUAGGCAUUCACUGUCCGAUAGUCCCACAGACAGUCGUUACGCCUCGUCAGGCGAGCUGAGUCGAGGCAGCUCUCAGCUCAGUGAGGAGUUUGUUCCUGAGGAUGGUGAGAGCUUGCGAGGUUCGGAGUUCUACGAUGAAAACGACUCCUACCACUCCUGCCACUCCUCCGUCAGCUACGGCAAAGAGGACUCCCCAGGCUGGGAUGGCGAGGACCCCCAAGGCGUCUACAGCGACGAGGGAGGCUACCUCAAAGAUGGAGGGGAAGAGGGGGCGCUGUAUGCCGAAGGUGACGUGUACGGGGAGGAAGGGGAGUACAUCUACGAAGAUGAGGAGGAGAUGCCUUUUGAGGAAGAUGAAGAUACGUAUCCACUUGAUGGCACACUCGGUGAAGACCAGGAGCCGCCUUACACCCCCACACCCACAAGCACUGCCCCCCCCCUGAUGCCCCCCUGUGAUGGUCUGUCCUCCACCAGACCACCGCUGGAGAAGCAGGCGUCGUUGCAUCAGCAGCGGCCAGCCUCUGAUCAGCUCCCGCCCGCCAGCACAGCUCCUAGUCUACCUCCAGUCACACACAAUGACACGUUGCCCCCUUUCAGUGCAAAAUCCACCAAGCCUCCGUUCGCACCCACCCAGCCAGCUCUGUCAGCCACCACUACAUCCACCCCCACGGCCACAUCGCAGGUUCCAGCUCCAGAUACCGGGCCCCUGGAGCCUGAACCCAAGUUUGAGGUGCCGUUGGAGGAACCUCAAACUCCCGAGCAGCCUCCAGUGGCAAAGAGUGUCCCUCCAGCACCUGAAGAGAGAACAGAGGAGCCACCUGUUCCAAGUUUCCCAAAGAGGGAAAUCAUGGAGCCUGGUCCUGCCAGAGCCAAAGCCAACUGGCUUCGACUUUUCAGCAGAGUGCGACUACAGCUGCAAGAGGCCCGAGGAGAAAGUGUUGGCAUCGCCUCUCUGCUUUUAUCAGCAGGGAUGGGUGGCGCUCUGUAUAGCAUUGACAGCAUGCCAGACCUCAGGAAGAGGAAAGCUAUGCCUCUCGUCCGAGAUCUGGCUAUGUCCUUGGUUCAGAACUCCAGGAAGGCGGGCAUCACCUCGGCCCUGACGUCCAGCACCCUGCAUAACGAAGAACUGAAGAGUCAUGUCUACAAGAAGACCCUCCAGGCCCUCAUAUAUCCCAUCUCCUGCACCACCCCACACAAUUUUGAGGUGUGGACAGCCACCACGCCUACUUACUGCUACGAGUGUGAGGGGCUGCUGUGGGGUAUCGCUCGCCAGGGCAUGCGCUGUACCGAGUGUGGAGUCAAAUGCCACGAGAAGUGCCAAGAUCUACUCAAUGCUGAUUGUCUGCAAAGAGCAGCAGAGAAGAGCUCCAAACACGGCGCGGAGGACCGAACCCAGAACAUCAUCAUGGUUCUUAAAGACCGCAUGAAAAUCCGUGAGAGGAACAAACCUGAGAUCUUCGAACUCAUUCAGGAGGUGUUCACAGCCCCCAAGUCCACCCACGUCACCCACAUGAAGCAGAUCAAACAGAGUGUGCUCGAUGGCACCUCUAAAUGGUCGGCCAAGAUCAGCAUCACAGUGUUGUGUGCCCAGGGUCUACAAGCUAAGGAUAAAACGGGCUCCAGUGAUCCUUACGUCACUGUCCAGGUGGGAAAGACCAAAAAGAGGACCAAGACCAUCUACGGCAACCUCAACCCUGUCUGGGAGGAGACAUUUAAUUUUGAAUGUCACAACUCCUCAGACCGCAUUAAGGUGCGGGUGUGGGAUGAGGAUGACGACAUUAAGUCUCGCGUAAAGCAGAAGUUCAAGCGGGAGUCGGACGACUUUCUCGGUCAAACCAUCAUCGAGGUCCGCACUCUGAGCGGAGAGAUGGACGUCUGGUACAAUCUGGACAAGCGUACAGACAAAUCAGCUGUGUCUGGAGCUAUCCGCAUGCACAUUAAUGUAGAGAUCAAAGGAGAGGAGACGGUCGCCCCCUAUCACGUUCAGUACACCUGUUUGCAUGAAAACCUCUUCCACUAUGUAACAGAUAUCCAGAACAACGGUGUGGUGAAGAUCCCCGAUGCCAAAGGGGAUGAUGCAUGGAAGGUCUACUUUGAGGAGACUCCCCAGGAGAUUGUUGAUGAGUUUGCCAUGCGUUAUGGAGUGGAGUCCAUAUACCAGGCCAUGACUCACUUUGCCUGCCUGUCAUCUAAGUACAUGUGCCCAGGUGUGCCUGCAGUGAUGAGUACCCUGCUGGCAAACAUCAAUGCCUACUACGCUCACACUACCCAGGCAACGAACAAUGUCUCUGCCUCUGACCGCUUUGCUGCUUCUAACUUUGGGAAAGAGCGAUUUGUCAAGCUUCUAGACCAGCUUCACAACUCUCUGAGGAUUGACCUGUCUAUGUACCGCAACAACUUCCCUGCCAGCAGUCCUGAGAGGCUGCAGGACCUCAAGUCCACAGUGGACCUCCUCACCAGUAUCACCUUCUUCAGAAUGAAGGUCCAAGAGCUUCAGUCUCCACCCAGAGCCAGUCAGGUAGUGAAGGAUUGUGUCAAAGCCUGUCUCAACUCCACCUACGAGUACAUCUUCAAUAACUGUCAUGAGCUGUACAGCCGCGAAUAUCAGACAGACCCGGCCAAACAGGGGGCUGUGCCUCCGGAGGAGCAGGGACCCAGCAUCAAGAAUCUGGAUUUCUGGUCCAAACUCAUUACACUUAUCGUCUCCAUUAUCGAGGAGGACAAGAACUCCUAUACCCCCUGCCUAAACCAAUUUCCCCAGGAGCUCAAUGUGGGUAAAAUUAGUGCUGAAGUGAUGUGGAACCUGUUUGCUCAGGAUAUGAAGUAUGCAAUGGAGGAACAUGAAAAAAAUCGCUUGUGCAAGAGUGCAGAUUACAUGAACCUGCACUUCAAAGUCAAGUGGCUGUACAAUGAGUACUGCAAAGACCUGCCCUUCUUCAAGAGCAGAGUGCCUGAAUAUCCUGCGUGGUUUGAGCCAUUUGUUAUUCAGUGGCUGGACGAAAAUGAGGAAGUGUCUCGGGACUUUUUGCACGGUGCUUUGGAGAGAGACAAAAAAGAUGGGUUCCAGGUCACAUCAGAACAUGCUCUGUUCUCCUGUUCGGUGGUGGAUGUGUUUUCCCAGCUCAACCAGAGCUUUGAGAUCAUCAGGAAGCUUGAGUGUCCAGAUCCGCAGAUUGUAGGACACUACAUGAAGCGAUUUGCGAAGACCAUCAGCAAUGUGCUUCUGUCCUAUGCUGAUAUCAUCUCAAAGCUCUUUGCAAACUAUGUCACCAUGGAGAAAGUGCCCUGCAUCCUGAUCAACAACAUCCAACAGCUACGAGUUCAGCUGGAGAAGAUGUUUGAAGCCAUGGGGGGAAAAGAUUUGUGCGUGGAGGCCAGUGAUAUCCUGAAAGACCUGCAGGUGAAGCUAAACAAUGUCAUGGAUGAUCUCAGCAGGGUCUUUUCUGUCAGUUUCCAGCCUCACAUAGAGGAGAAUGUGAAGCAGAUGGGAGACAUCUUGGCUCAGGUGAAGGGAACCUCAAAUGUGGGAAAUGCCAGCAGCGUGGCCCAGGAUGCUGACAACGUCCUGCAGCCCAUCAUGGAGUUCCUUGACAGCAACCUGACUUUGUUUGCUAAGAUCUGUGAGAAGACUGUGCUGAAACGUGUGCUGAAGGAGCUGUGGAAGCUGGUGAUGAACACCAUGGAGAAGACCAUCGUUCUGCCGCCACUCACAGACCAAACGAUGAUUGGGAGGCUGAAGAAUGCUUCUCACAGUGAUGGCACUCAGCUCAUCUUUAACGCUGCCAAGGAGCUGGGACAGCUGUCCAAGCUGAAGGAGCACAUGGUUCGUGAGGAGGCCAAAGCGCUUACACCUAAGCAGUGCGCUGUGAUAGAGCUGGCCCUGGACACCAUCAAGCAAUAUUUCCAUGCUGGUGGUGUGGGUCUGAAGAAGACGUUCCUGGAGAAGAGUCCUGACCUCCUGUCUCUCCACUACGCCCUGUCGCUCUACACACAGGCAACAGACAAACUCAUUAAGACCUUUGUCCAGUCACAGAACGCACAAGUGUUCGGCGGGAAGGGGGUGAGGUUCACCACUAGUGAGGAUGUUUACCCAGACAAGGGCUCUGGGGUGGACGAUGCCGUGGGGGAGGUGUCCAUCCAUGUGGAGAUUUUCACUCACCCCAACACUGGAGAGCACAAAGUCACAGUAAAAGUGGUGGCUGCCAAUGACCUGAGGUGGCAGACGCAGGGAAUAUUCCGGCCAUUUGUGGAGGUCUAUAUCAUCGGCCCUCACCUCAGCGACAAGAAGAGGAAGUAUGCCACCAAGUCGAAGAACAACAGUUGGGCUCCCAAAUACAAUGAAACCUUCACCUUCACCCUGAGUAGCGAGGUGGGUCCUGAGUGCUACGAGCUGCAGGUGUGUGUGAAGGACUACUGCUUUGCGCGAGAGGACCGCACCGUGGGCAUGGCCGUCCUGCAGCUGAAGGACAUGGCCUCCAAAGGCAGCGUCGCCUGCUGGCUGCCGCUGGGUAAACGCAUCCACAUGGACGAGACGGGCCUCACCGUCCUGCGUAUCCUCUCCCAACGCAACAACGACGACGUGGCCAAGGAGUUUGUCAAGCUCAAGUCGGACCAGCGCUCUGCAGAGGAGGGCCGCAGCUAAGAGACAUGACAGAAUUUAAAACGACCUGUCUAAAGCUCAAUCAGACAUUGCCACCUACUGCCCUGGACCUCUCCUGAGCCACUGCUAGCCAUUGCUCUGCUGAUCCAGUGUUGUAAAAGCACACAUAAGACAACACCACACAUCCAUCCAGUGCUGUAAAUACAUUCAUUUCAGUGGAAAGAACAUAGUGCUAAACAAAUCAUCAAUCAUUUUUUUUUAAAAAGCACCAGUGUCUUUAGUGUUGCAGGUAUUAUCAGCCAUCCUUUUGAUGAACACAUUCAAUCACAGAGCAUAAAUCUACUUUCCUCUGUCCGUAGAGGUGAGUCAUGUCAUUCCGUACACACACACCUCGUGUUAAUGGUUAAGGUGAGAAAUAUCUUGUAGCCUUUAAUAUUUUGGCUUCCUCUGGCCCCUUCCCUGGCCUGCACCGCCUCAGAGAAGGGACCGCAAGUGCCAACAGAUAAUCGCUGAAAUAUGCCAAGACCAGCCCUAAGCACAACAGGACCAACUGUCCAACUGACCCAAUAACAACAACAACACUGGCUGCAAGGCUUCAAACAUUCCAGAUAUUGGGCGGGGACAAAGCACUAUUUAAUUAAGAUACUUUUAAUAUUUAUUUACUGCCCUUUUUCAAUUUAUAUUCAAAUAAUUCUAUAUAGCAUAAUAUAUAAUAUAUGUAGGACAUAUGUGAAGUUAUAUACAGGAUUAUUUGAUGGAUGCGUGGUCCUUAAAAGAUUGUCCGCGUUUGUCUUUAUGUCCGUCUACCCUGUAACAGCACACUGCCUGACACCCUCAAUGCCUUCUGUCGUGUUGACCCUUGUACGGUAUGUCUGCCUCCUAUAUAGCGACUGUGUAGAGAGAUGAAUCUGAUGAAAACACGCCUUCAAGCACUGUGUGAUCCAUCAGAGAGAGUGUGUGUGUGUGUGUGUGUGUGUGUGUGUGUGUAAAAGAGAUAAUGUGCAAGAGUGAAUGUAUAAUCUGCGUUUUGAGCAUGUGUGGAGCUCAUAACGUGCGAGCGUGUUUAUAAGAUGUUCUAAUGUUGACCUCAUGUAGCCGCCCAUGUUGCCUGUUACCUGCAAAUGUAAUCACAGAAAGCCAUCACAAGUAAAGAACAUCACACAGAGGGGGUUAUCCAUAUUCAGAUUAGAUUUUGGAGGAUUUUCAAAGUGUCUUUUAUUCUUGGGAGGAUGCAAUUUAUAUCUUAUGAUGGGUAUUUCCAUCAUUUUUGUGUUACUGUAAACAUUCCCAACAGCCCUGUACUGGGUGUGUGAGAGGUGCAGGAGGAGGAAUAACCUGACUGCCACUUCCUUUUCUUAAAAUCAAAACCUGCAUGUAAGGAGAUCAUAAUAAUCUAAGAACCUGAGCAACGUGCACUGAGGUAGUUAUAAAACCACACAUGCUGUACCCCAGGGAGAGCAUGAAUCAGUAAUGAUCUACCACCCAUGAUCCCCCAUUGAUCCAGCUGCAGGUGCUGUUGGCCCUGAUCUCUGAUGCCCAGAAGUCAGACCUCUGCUAAAGGGCUGCAGAUCCAGACAUUUAAAAGAGUCCUACAGCUUAUUAGAGAUGUAGUGUGAAGAUUUAGAAGCACAGGGUUUUGAUGCACCCAUUUAUACUCUGAUCUUUUCUUUCUUUUUGUCAGUAAUUGUUGGAAUGACAGGAAGGCUUCAAAUCAUCCUACAGUUAAAUUAAUUUCUUUAAUCUAGAGUCAAUAUCAUGUAAAACUAAAUGUUUUGAUUUGACUAUUGACUGUCCAGCAUGUCUCUUAAUUCAACUUCUAUUUUAAUGAAUGCCCUUUUUUUAUAAGAUUGAUUGGUUUAUCUAUCUCUUAACAGGUGUAUGUGUGUUUGUUGCAAAAAAAAAGCAUUCAAGCGAGGAAUGUCCAAGUUAAAUAAUGACAGGGUGUUUUGUUUGUUUUUUAUAUUUUUGCCCCAAAGUACUUGAUCGUUAAUGGAUAACAUAACAGGCCCCCUCUUUUAAACAAGGUGUAAGAACUGAACUCUAUGCAUCUAAUCUAUAAAAGUCUAUGUAGAUCAAUAGUCAUUUUCGAAGCAGUCGCAUAAUGUUUACAUUGUGGAUUAUUAUUACUAUAUCAGCACAAGUGUUUGUCUGAUAUGUUGUACAUGCUGUCUCUAUAAUGGGCCAAAUAUCACAGCUGUAGUAGAGCUGAUUAGAGACUUGUUUGUGCAGCUUUUCAGCGCUGAGAAAAAUAAUCUGGAACAGAGCGAUCAAUUGCUGUUGUUGGGCGUUGUAAAUAGCUCGGAUGUAACAAACACGUCAGACUAUGUGAAGUGAAGUUUGCUGCUCUUUUGUAGACUUGAAUUUUUGCUCUGGGUGACUGGGCAGUUGGGGAUUAAGUGUGUGUGUGGGUGCCCCAUCUGGAUAUGUAGCUAUUAUUGAAAGAUACAGGAAGACCAUGUACACACUGGAGAUAAAUAACAAGCAAUUUGUACAAAUCUGAUAAUUUAAUAGGCUCAAUCUAAGAGGCAAAAAAAUACACCGCUAGCUUCUGACCUUUACACUGCCAUUAUAGACCGUCAUAUAGACUAUAAAAGGAAAACUAGCCAUCUAAGUAAAGAAAUUCUAAACUUGUUGUCACUCUCUGGUGUGUACAAGGUCUUUUUAUUCAAGGGGACAUCUGCACUGUCUUUUAAUAACUUUUAAAUAGCAGGUACACAACUGUCACAAAGCUGGAAAUGCCACGAAAAAAAAAUCUUUAUUUAUUGCUGUUGACAAUGAUACAUUAGUCUCCUCCUUCAGAGGCUCAGUUUGUGUGUUGGACUGGGAUGUGGAACAGGAAU